AUGGGGUCCGAUUCUGUGAAGGACAUGGUACAACAGCUGUUGAAAUCUUGUGGUUUGGACAACAAGAAACUUGCAGUUUACAUGCCAAAUGAUGCAGAUGAUAUAGCUGCUCAGGUUUGUCUGGAGCUCGGAGUGGUAUGUGAACAGAAACAUGUUGAUGCUGUAGCAGACCUCAUUAAAGAGGUGAGAUCGGAGGAGCCUUUACAGAAGCGCCUACGUGGUGAUUGCAGUCUGGACCCUUUGCAUGAUCAGUUGUUGCAGGAACGUAGGACGAUCUUAUUUCCAGUGCCGACCUCUGCAUGUUCAUUUGAUGUUCUUUCUGAAGAGCCUUUGUCAAGACCUUGCCGUAGGAACAGCAAUGUCAAUGAGACAGUAGAAGAAAGACGAAAGAGAGAAGAUGACCAGAAAGAAGCAUGGUCUCGUGAGCUCUUCAAGGAACUCAAACGUUUGGAUGCUCCGGCCUUAGAACAUUUGGAACAUUGUGUGGACAAGAAACAUGUCCAUCUUGCUUUAGCAGGUAGGACCAGGCACAACACUCUCAAGAGAUAUGUCAAAGUCUGGAGAGCGUUCAGACAGUGGCUGACAGCAGUGCGUGGAGAUGGUGGGAGCCCCGAGGUUGGUGACCUUAUUGAAUAUUUGUUUGCAAGAUAUGAUGAACCAUGUGGACCAACAGUCCCACCACUCAUUGUCAAGGCUGUAGUCUGGUUUGAGCGUACUGCUUGCAUAGAUCCACGUGAAAGGAUUGGUGAAUCACAGGUUGUUUGCUCUGUGAGGGACUACAUCGUGGAUAUGUUGUCACGUGACAGGCCUCCAACACAGCGGGCACCUCGGUAUCCAGUUGUCAUGAUGGAAGCAUUUGAACACAUGGUAGAGGAUGAAUCACUGCGUGUUGGUUUCCGUUUGGUUGCCUGGAUAAAGUUGGUGAAGCUUUGGGCAACAUUGAGAUGGGACGACAUACAGAAGAUAGUCCCGAAGGAGCUCAAGUUUUAUGGGGGACGCAUGACAACAAUCCUGCGUUCAACCAAGACAACAGGGCCCUCGAAACGUGUUCAGGAGCUGCCAGUAUGCGUCUCAGAGCAUGCAUACAUUUCUAGCCCUUUUUGGUUGAAGACAGGUUUUGACUUGUUCAAGAAGCAUGCACCCUUUGAACGUGACUACAUGUUGCCAAAGCUGAAUGAAGAGUGGUCUGCAUUCAGAAAGGUGAUGGCUUCAUACAAUGACAUCAGUUCUUACUCCGCCAGGGUGAGACGCAAACUGAAGAGACCAGGACUCCAGGAGCCUAUCGUCCACCAGGUGCUUUCUUCUUUCUGGACAGAGCACUCAGAGCGGGCGACCAUUCCCACGGGGCUUUCGCUGCUUGGAGCACCAAGGGAAGAGCGGGACAUGCUUGGAAGGUGGAAGCCUGAUGGGUCAGACACUUAUUUGAGGAUGUACAAUGGUGUCAUUGCACGUUUACAGUUACAGUUUGCAAAGACAGCUAGGAUGAGGGACAGAUCGCAAUUGUUGGAUGAACGGGACAUUGUGGAGAGUGCGUUGUCUUGGAUAACAUCGAGAUGUGAGAGCUUGCCAAGUGAGACAGUUGACAACAUAUUACAAUACCUGGAGGAAUCCUUAGGAUCACCGUUGUUGGCGGGCUGGACCGCAGUGGAGGAGGAACCGAUGUGGGGUCCUCCGUUUGGAGUACAGAUUCAACAAGACGCUGAAGAGGAUGCAAGAAAGGCAGAGUUUGAAUGCGAGAGAACUGAACGGAGGGUUACGACAGUGCAGAAGUUUUCAUCGUUUUUCAGAACAGAGGAUGAUCUGGUGAGCGUGUUGCGGGACUCCUUCAACACGGACUCAGGCACAGACUUGCGUUCAAGAGCGCAGGUGGCAGCUGUCAUUUGCGCUUGGAGGGAGACGCAAACGAAGCAGAAGCGACAGAUGGAGGUGGAGGCUGAGAUGGACACCCGUGAGUGGACGAAACCGAUAGCCACGGGUGAUUACAUUAGCAUGCGAAACGCCUACAUGAAGGUGCACGGCAGAUUGGAAGACAAAGUGACUCCGUCUAAGGAGUAUCUGGAGAAGAAGCUGCAGGAGUUGGAGAACGGGGAGUUCAGAGCGGAGACGAUGACAGAAGUGGUCUCCAAAGAUGAGGUCGACCCCGAUGUCCUGGUGCCCAUCUUCGACUCCAAGGGCAGUCUGUCGGUGAAAAAGGGGGCAUCGACCAUCCCGCUGCCGACUGGUCCAGAGCAGCUGCGACGGCGCCUUACAGUCAUGGUCAACGCCAUCCUCAUGCUGGCCAUCAAGCACACCAACAGAGAGGAGAUACAGGAUGUGACGCGUGACCUUUUAGAGCGUUACAAAGAUUAUGUGCUGGGGGACUAUGUAUGGGGCCUUUCUUCAACAGACCUCCAAGGCAACCAGAUCCAGUCGCCGCCUUGGACCUUGGUGCUCUCAUACGAGCAGGCGAUCAGGAAGAAGGCAUACUCGUUGAUGAUCACAGAUGGCCUCAGACUAGGGGCAGCCUUGGAGCAAGCUUGGAAGUGCCCGACGACAAAGGAGAGGCACUUUAUUACACCUUUGGCCUUAUACAGCAAGCGUUCGUAUCCUCAGCAAUCCUGGGGUGACUGGAACCCAAAGGGCAAAGGCAAGGCUGGCAAAUCCUCCGGUGCAAAAGGGAAAUCAAAAGGGAAAGGAACAGGAGUUACGCCGGAUGGAGCAAAGAUUUGCUUUCGCUUCAACCAGGGCAAAUGCAGCUAUCAGAAGUGCAAAUUCUCGCAUGUGUGCAACAAAUGCUUCAAGAAGGGGCACAAUGCACUGAACUGCAAGGAGGAGAAGCACCCCCCGGACACUACCGGGGCACACUGA